GAGCGGGCAGUCGCAAGCAAAACACCGAACGUUGCGGUUGUGACGCGGACGGCCUCGAGGCAAUGAGCACGCUUAGAAAAAAAUACGUUUUCUUGUCGCGACCAUAAAACUACAAUAAUAUUCAAAAAGCUUACGAAAAUAAACCUAAAAAGCAGAAAAUGAAAGUGAAUUUUAGCCAGUGACUACAAUAAUUACUUAAGACAAACAAAUACCUAUAUACAACAGCAAGGCCAGCACACCUGUCAGACAAAAGAUUUGCGAAUUUCAAGAGCACAAAAUUCAUAAAGCGUAACAUCAAGAUAAUAUUUCAGGCGUUUCGCGCUCAUUUCACAAUGUGGCAACUGACUUAAGCCGAAUCCUCUACAGCAUUUUACCCAAGCAAGUAGCCGCAACCAUAGCGUAUAGUAAAAGAUGCAGCAAUUAAGGACCCAACUGGCCAUUGGCUGCCUGGUGCUCUUUAUAUUUGGGGUAAACUUGCUGCUAGGCUCAGCAGAGGGCAAGGAGCAACAGCAAGUGGGUGAGCUGCAUCCAAAGCAGCAGCACCGCAGCCACUCGAGCAGUGGGUCAUCAUAUAAGCGCUUCUCUCGCGACUCGAAUGCGGCUCGUGAGCGACGCCCAAAUAUAAUCCUCAUACUGACCGACGAUCAGGACGUGGAACUGGGCUCGCUCAAUUUUAUGCCACGAACUUUGCGGCUGUUGCGAGAUGGGGGCGCCGAGUUUCGUCACGCGUACACAACCACUCCGAUGUGCUGCCCGGCACGCUCUUCGCUGCUAACGGGCAUGUAUGUGCACAACCAUAUGGUGUUCACGAACAACGACAACUGCUCCAGUCCGCAGUGGCAAGCGACGCACGAGACGCGCUCCUAUGCCACGUAUCUGUCGAAUGCGGGCUAUCGGACCGGAUACUUUGGAAAGUAUCUGAACAAGUACAAUGGCUCGUAUAUACCGCCUGGGUGGCGCGAAUGGGGUGGACUGAUCAUGAACUCCAAGUAUUACAACUAUAGCAUCAAUCUGAAUGGGCAGAAGAUCAAGCACGGCUUCGACUAUGCCAAGGACUACUAUCCCGAUUUGAUAGCCAACGACUCGAUCGCCUUCCUUCGCUCCUCCAAACAGCAAAACCAAAGAAAGCCCGUACUGCUCACCAUGAGCUUCCCUGCGCCACACGGACCCGAGGACUCUGCGCCGCAGUAUAGUCAUCUCUUCUAUAAUGUAACUACCCAUCACACGCCCAGCUAUGACCAUGCGCCCAAUCCCGACAAGCAAUGGAUCCUCAGGGUUACUGAGCCUAUGCAGCCGGUGCACAAGCGCUUCACCAAUAUCCUUAUGACCAAGCGCCUUCAGACACUCCAAAGCGUCGAUGUGGCUGUGGAACGUGUCUACAAUGAGCUAAAGGCUUUGGGCGAGCUAGACAAUACCUACAUUGUGUAUACCUCGGAUCAUGGAUAUCAUUUGGGCCAAUUUGGCUUGAUCAAGGGCAAGAGUUUUCCCUUCGAGUUCGAUGUGCGUGUGCCCUUCCUCAUUCGUGGUCCUGGAAUACAGGCCUCUAAGGUCGUCAAUGAGAUCGUGCUGAAUGUAGAUCUGGCGCCCACAUUCUUGGACAUGGGCGGCGUGCCGACCCCACCGCACAUGGAUGGACGCAGUAUUCUACCGCUGCUGAACAGUCGUAAUCGUAUCGUGCGCGACACCUGGCCGGACAGCUUCCUUAUCGAGAGUUCAGGUCGUCGAGAAACAGCGGAACAGAUCGCCGAAUCUCGAGCACGCUUGGUGGCGGAGCGACGCAGCAUGAAGCUAGUCAAUAGCACGUUGCUGGAGGAUCUGCUUGGCAGCGACAACAGCAGCAGCAGCACGGUAGCUACGAUGUUGAGCUCCAUGGCAACUACAACAGAACAGGAGGACUUUGAAGAUGAUGUUGACACCGAUGCUGAAGACGAGGAUGGCGAUGAUGCCAUUGACAGCUCAGCACCUGCAGUGGACGAUGAGGAACUAGUAGAUGUUGCUGCCGAAGAAGACGAAGAUGAUGAGCUAGAUGAACAAGAGCUGCUGCUGCAGCGGGACAAUAAUCUUCCAUUAGCACCCUAUAUCACAAAAAUGAUGCGAUUGAAUUCGGAGUGCUCAGACCCGGCGCUAUUAAAGAACUGCCUGCCCGGACAGAAGUGGAAGUGCGUUAAUGAGGAGGGACGCUGGCGCAAGCACAAGUGCAAGUUUCAUCUGCAACUGGAACACCAGCUGGCGACGAUGCCACGCAAGCAAUACCAACGCAACUGUGCCUGCUUCACCUCGAGUGGAUUGGUCUAUACCAAGAUUCGUGCGCCGACGACAUCCCUGCACUCGCACCGCCUGCACAAACGCACUCACAUGCACCAUCACCAGCACCAUCAACAUCUUGGUAAGCGACGUCACAAGCGACAAGUGGCAAAGGAGGUCUUUCACACAGAACUGCCGUACGAAAUGGAGGAGCUGCUCGACUUAGAUCAGUCGGUCGAUCUGCUCACAAAGCACGGCCGACGAAGCAAACGAGAAGCGUCCAGUGGACAGAGCGUAGCUACCAACAGCUCCAACGAUGCAAUUGCUCUGGUCAUACAGCAAAUCCAGAACACCCUGGAAACGCUGGAACUCAAGUUUAAUGAGCACGAGCUGCACAAUCGGAGCACUAGUUUUUUGGGGCGUGGCAAUAAGUUUCUAAAGGGCGGUGCUCGCUGCUAUGUAGAGGAGAGCACAGACAAGGUCAACUGUUCGGAUGUCAUCUACGACGAUGAGAAGACCUGGCGCACCUCUCGCAAUCAAAUUGAUAUGCUUAUUAAGCUGCUAAAGGACAAGAUCAGCACACUUAAGGACAUGAAGAAGCAGAUGCGAGAGAACAAGCAGCAGGCCGCAGCGGCCGGCAGGCGUGGCGAGGGACGGCGACGCAAUGAUCCAGUGGCAGCUCAAGAGGGCGCCGGUCCUGAAUUUAAUAUGAGCUACUUCAGUGAGAUCGCCAGCACGCCCCGCUCUGUCCUGCUGCCCAAUGUAUAUAGCGGUGCUGGUGCCUACGAUUCCCUGGAUCAGUCCCAGACACCACACUAUGCAUCGCGUGCAGAAUGCUACUGUGAGCCGGAUGUGGGCGAGAGCUAUGCGGACUCCAAGGAGAUGGCACGCGAGGCGCGGCGCAAGCUCAAGGAGGAGCGACAACGGAAAAAGGAGCGCAAGCGCAUCAAAAAGGCGCGCCUCGAGAAGGAGUGCCUUUCGGAGAAGAUGAACUGUUUCUCGCAUGACAAUCAGCACUGGCGUACGGCACCCUUCUGGAACGACAGUCCUUUCUGCUUUUGCAUGAAUGCCAACAACAACACCUACUCUUGCCUCCGAACCAUUAAUUCCACGCACGAUUAUCUCUACUGUGAAUUUACAACGGGCCUGAUAACCUUCUAUAAUUUGACCAUAGAUCGGUUUGAAACGCAGAAUCGUGCCUCGAGCCUGUCACCUGCUGAGAGAUCACACAUGCAUGACACGCUGGAGCGACUGAAGGGCUGUCGUGGACGCAACUGCAGCAUACGCAGACAGCUGCCACAACUGGGCAUGUCAGCAGCCCUGCAGCCCACCGCCAUUAAUCAGGUGCAGCGCAGCAACAAACGCAAGCAAACCCCCCUUUCGGCCAGAGUGGGCAACUUUGGCUUUGUGGGCAGCCGACUGGACAUGGAUGUGGUGCCACCUGCCAAGCGACGCAAGCUCUCCAAAUAUCACAGAUGGACUAACUCGCAGAACUCGCAUCUGAAGCGACGCCCCUGGAAACAGCAAUCCCACAGAUACUUGCCCCAGCAGCCAGCUACCGCUGUUGCCGCCUAAGCAGCGGCAUUCCCUUCACCUUCACCCAGUACCCAGUGAGCACAUAUCCUGGCUUGCCACUCCGUUCAGUGCACCGCCGUGGUCUACAUAUGGUAGAUAUAGAUAGAUUCAUGUCCAUAGACGGAUAUAGAUCUGCGUUCUGGUAUAUUUUCUUCGUAAAUAAGACUGUGUUUUUUGUAUUCAACUUACGUUUAGUUUCAUUUAUGUUGAACUUCUUUGCUUCUUUGGCUUCAACCCGCAAUAUAAAUAAACUGUAAUUAGCUGUUAAGUCAUUUAAUUUGUACAUAAAUUUAGAAAGAGAGUGAACAUAUUUACACACUACAUAAAUUAUUUAGCGCAAUUGGUUUUACAAUUAAAUUAUAUAGUAGACGAGUACACUUAGCAAAAAGAAAUCAAGUUACCAUAGAGAUCAUAUUUACAUACAUAUUUGUAGUACUUGUAUUUAUUGGAAAUCGCUAAAAACGCUACGCAAAUAACCAA